CAGAGGCUCGGCGGCGGCGGCGGGCGCGGAGCUCUGCGCGCGGCUCCAGCGGGCCGGGAUGGGCGGGCGGCCGCGCGGAGGACGCGGGGGGCGCGCGACGUGACCACCCGGACUCGAAGCCCGCCCCGCCCCCGCCCGGCUCGCCGGCUCCAGGGUCUGCUCCGGGGGUCGCGGACGCGGGGCCGGGCGGCGGAGCCGGCGCCAGAGCAUGCGGGGCGCGGCGCGGGCGGCCUGGGGGCGCGCGGGGCAGCUGUGGCCGCGACCCCCCGCCCCGGGCCCGCCCCCGCCGCCGCUCCCGCUGCUGCUCCUGCUCCUGGCCGGGCUGCUGGGCGGCGCGGGCGCGCAGUACUCCAGCGACCUGUGCAGCUGGAAGGGGAGCGGGCUGACGCACGAGGCACACAGGAAGGAGGUGGAGCAGGUGUAUCUGCGCUGUGCGGCGGGUGCCGUGGAGUGGAUGUACCCAACAGGUGCUCUCAUCGUUAACCUGCGGCCCAACACCUUCUCGCCUGCCCGGCACCUGACCGUGUGCAUCAGGCCCUUCACGGACUCCUCGGGGGCCAAUAUUUAUUUGGAAAAAACUGGAGAACUGAGACUGCUGGUACCGGACGGGGACGGCAGGCCCGGCCGGGUGCAGUGUUUUGGCCUGGAGCAGGGCGGCCUGUUCGUGGAGGCCACGCCGCAGCAGGAUAUCGGCCGGAGGACCACAGGCUUCCAGUACGAGCUGAUUAGGAGGCCCAGGGCGUCGGACCUGCACGAGCUGUCUGCGCCGUGCCGUCCCUGCAGUGACACCGAGGUGCUCCUAGCCGUCUGCACCAGCGACUUCGCCGUUCGAGGCUCCAUCCAGCAAGUUACCCACGAGCCUGAGCGGCAGGACUCGGCCAUCCACCUGCGCGUGAGCAGACUCUAUCGGCAGAAAAGCAGGGUCUUCGAGCCGGUGCCCGAGGGUGACGGCCACUGGCAGGGGCGCGUCAGGACGCUGCUGGAGUGUGGCGUGCGGCCGGGGCAUGGCGACUUCCUCUUCACUGGCCACAUGCACUUCGGGGAGGCGCGGCUCGGCUGUGCCCCACGCUUCAAGGACUUCCAGAGGAUGUACAGGGACGCCCAGGAGAAGGGGCUGAACCCUUGUGAGGUUGGCACGGACUGACCCCGGGGGUCCUUGGGCCGCUGCCCUUCCUCUCCUGAUGAGUCACAGGCUGCGGUGGGCGCUGCGGUCCUGGUGGGGCCGUGCGGUGAGGGCCGCGCGCUGGGAGCCGCAUGCCCUGGGCCCAGACCUGACCCUGGUACCGAAGCUGUGGACGUUCUCGCCACACUCAACCCCAUGAGCUUCCAGCCAAGGAUGCCCUGGCCGAUUGGAAAUGCUGUAAAAUGCAAACUAAGUUAUUAUAUUUUUUUUUGGUAAAAAAGAAAUGUCCAUAGGAAACAAAUUCCUGUGUCUUAAAACGCCUUGGUGUGCCGUCUGAUACUGUUCUCUAAAGACGUUAGGAGUCACGGCAUCUGGCCUGCGGUUGGGUGAAGCACUGGCCGUUGGGCACAGUGGAUGUGUGAAAAGGUGCCAUUCAGAGUUGUUAUUCUCAUGACGGAAGUUUUGGAGCCAAAUAAUACAUUUUUUAUUUUCAUUUUAUUUUUAAAGAAUGAGCUUUGGUCCUUUUCGGGCCGCUGGUUGUUUCCGUUCCCGAGAAUAAAGACCAGGAUCCGACCA